AUGUCCACGCGCUUCAUCGUCCCCCCCGCGCCCUCGCCGCUCCCCCCCGCCCCCGCGCUCUCCCUCCUCCCCUUCUCCCUCGGCCCGCAGCACGCUCCAUACACAGACAAGCACGCCAACACCGCCCACUACUUUCAGCCCCGUCCCCUCGCCCCACCCGCGCACUCUCCAGGCGCCGACCAGCAGCAGCUUGUGCGGGCAGCGUUCAGAGGCCGUCAAGUCGUCGGGCAGUACCUCUCCGUCCCGCCCGCCUACCGCGGCAUCAUCCUCUCGACGACGCUGCCGCCCAACAAGGGCGGUACGGAAGACCACACGCAUUCUAUUCCUGCUUCCGCGCCUCCCACACCUGCGUCUAUAGACGGUGUAGACGGCGGCGGCGGCGGCGGGAAACGGCCGCAGAGAAAGAGCGUACUCGCCAAAAUCAAGGGUGCGGGACAGACUGCCCUCGCUAAACCACGUACGCGCCGAACAGCGCCUGCAAAAAAACGUACCCGUCUCGACUCGGACGACGAGCAAAAUGAAGAAGGAGAUGGAGAUGGAGAUGGUGAAGAGACGGCAAGAACGCCUAGUAAACGCUUCAAAUCCACCACCACCACCCCGAAAAGGACACUAUCCGUUCCGGAAAUCGUGAUCCAAGAAGCUACCCCGCUCAAACAGCCGCCGAUCGCUACUCCCACCACCGCUACCACGCGUCAAGAAGGAGAGGAAGAAGUGCAAGAACCAUUCAUCCCUUCACCCGAAACGGAAAAUAAUCCGCCUGCAUUUAACAUCUCUCCUCCUCCACAUACACUCGCAAGCAAGAACCAAGAAGAGCAAACGGACGAUGAUGGGCCGGUGAGGAUACUUUACCCAACAGCGGAAUUCCAGGGGUUCAUGCUUUAUAGCGGAGAUGUGCCCCUCACGGGCUUCAGAUCGGACGAGUUGGAGGAAAAGCACGAACAGCGGGAUGCGGGAGAGGCAGGUUGCGCAACUAUCAACCUGCGCCCAUCUUGGUGGCGCCAUGAUGGUGCCGGUGAAGGCGGAGACGAGUUUGUACGCGGUAUGGGCGAAUGGCUGGGUCUCGUAGAGGUCUUGAAUAAGCCUGUCUAUCUCGAGGGGCUGGACGACGACGACGAGGACGAGUAGAAUACUUCUUUUCAAUAUUCUUACGCGGAGCAUCGUUGUGCCAUGUCCAACCAGCCAAGUGCUGUUAAUGCCAUAUGCAUACAUGUAAACCCAAAACCUGCUAUCAAAA